CCGGAAAUACGCAAAGGGUGUUCCGGUGCCGCGCAGGUUCCGGCGACUAAGGCGGCAAAAUGGAGGAGACGCCUCACAACUGCCCCGGAACCGGCAGCGCCCAGGCCGGCCGAGGGGCCGCCUGUCAAGGGUGCCCCAACCAGCGGCUGUGCGCUUCAGGCGCCGGCGAGGCUCCGGACCCAGCCAUAGAGGAAAUCAAAGAGAAAAUGAAGACCGUGAAACACAAAAUCUUGGUGUUGUCUGGGAAAGGCGGCGUUGGGAAAAGCACGUUCAGUGCCCACCUUGCUCACGCCCUAGCGGAGGAUGAAAACACGCAGGUUGCUCUUCUAGACAUUGAUAUAUGUGGGCCGUCCAUUCCCAAGAUAAUGGGAUUGGAAGGAGAACAGGGUGACCAGGGCGCGGGACUCACAAGUGACUCGAUGCCCGUGUUCACACAGGUGCACCAGAGUGGCUCGGGCUGGUCUCCAGUGUUCCUGGAAGACAACCUGGGGGUGAUGUCAGUCGGUUUCUUGCUUAGCAGCCCCGACGAUGCUGUCAUCUGGAGAGGACCCAAGAAGAACGGCAUGAUCAAGCAGUUCCUCCGCGAUGUGGACUGGGGAGAGGUCGACUACCUCAUCGUGGACACCCCCCCGGGGACGUCGGACGAGCACCUCUCAGUCGUCCAGUACCUGGCCGCCGCGCACAUCGAUGGCGCCGUGAUCAUCACCACCCCCCAGGAGGUGUCCCUGCAGGAUGUCCGGAAAGAAAUCAGCUUCUGUCACAAGGUGAAGCUGCCCAUCAUCGGGGUGGUGGAGAACAUGAGCGGCUUCGUCUGCCCCAAGUGCAAGAAAGAGUCUCAGAUAUUCCCGCCCACAACGGGGGGUGCAGAGGCCAUGUGCCAGGACCUGAAGAUACCGCUCCUCGGCAAAGUGCCCCUGGACCCGCACAUAGGGAAGAGUUGUGAUGAAGGACGGUCUUUUUUGGUUGACACGCCGGAUUCACCAGCUACGGUAGCCUACAGAAGCAUCAUUCAAAGAAUCCAGGAGUAUUGUAGUCUCCAUCGGCCAGAAGAAGAGAGGACCUCGUUAGUUCCUGAAACACGGGGGGACAUGGACGCGAGCAGCACGGCCAGCGCGUCCUGACCGCUCGGGCACAGAG